CAAGGGCACUCCAGGGAGCUACAUCACUGAGUCCUGUUAUCUUCUCCAUGGCAACAGAGCACAGUGUACAGCUGGUUCCUGGCUCCCAGAAGAUCCCUAAAGGAGUUGAUUCUCCCAGGAGUGCUGCUGAGGGCCCUGCCUUGACCAGGAGAAGGAGCAAGAAGAAGAGUUGGCACCCAGGGUCCCAGAAAGCCAGUUCUGGGGACCAGUCUUCUAGCCAGGGCUCUGAGGCUUCAGGAAGCAGCAAGAACUCCCCAAGGGUCAAAGUGGGGCAGGAGGAACCAUCCUCAGCCCCCGCCGCAGGGCCAGUGUCUCACCGACACUCCCACCGACACCGUUCUGACCCCCAGCAGGAUGCUGCCCAAAGGACUUAUGGGCCCCUGCUCAACCGCAUGUUUGGAAAGGAUCGUGAAUUGGGCCCUGAGGAGUUGGAGGAGCUCCAGGCUGCCUUUGAGGAGUUUGACACUGACCAGGAUGGCUACAUCGGCUACCGCGAGCUAGGUGACUGCAUGCGGACGCUGGGUUACAUGCCCACGGAGAUGGAGCUUCUAGAAGUGUCGCAGCACGUGAAGAUGCGCAUGGGGGGCUUUGUGGAUUUUGAAGAGUUUGUGGAGCUGAUAAGCCCAAAGUUGAGGGAGGAGACAGCUCACAUGCUGGGCGUUCGGGAGCUACGCAUCGCCUUCCGAGAGUUUGACACGGACCGGGAUGGACGGAUCACAGUGGCGGAGCUGCGGCAGGCAGCACCAGCUCUGCUGGGGGAACCACUAGAGGGCACUGAACUGGAUGAGAUGUUGCGAGAAAUGGACCUUAAUGGGGAUGGCACCAUAGACUUUGAUGAGUUUGUAAUGAUGCUAUCUACAGGUUGAGGCACCUUCAGGGACAACCCACUGCCCUUGGGGGACAAGACACCAGCCGGAACCAGACUACCACACCCUUCCCCAGCGUGGGAGAAAUCCCCCUCCCCCCCAGGCUGGUUCACUCCCUCACCACACCCCACUCCAGAGUCUGCUUGUGCUGUCUUCUCUUCCCACCCCCAAGCUGUGGAGAGAAAAAAAUUGAAGCUUGUUGCAGUUCUCACUGGAGAACAUGAUUUGAAUCUCUUUAGAUCCCGGAGAGGUAGGGAGUUCCCCACAACUGGCUGCAUUCAAAUGAAUAAGGCACAGUGCACUGGGGGGAAUUCCUAGGACAUGAUGAAUUGAGAGGGUAGCUACAUCACUUCCCACUACUUGUGUGUAUAAAGGGUUGUUUUUGAAAAAUGAACUAGGGCCUGGUAAUGACUUUGUAGGUAAAAGUUUAUGCCACCAAGCCUGAAUUCGAUCCCUGAAGUUUGUGUGGUGGAAGGAGAGAGACAACUUCAUAAAGUUGUUCUUUAGGUUAAUGCCCUGUCCACACCCCCAUGAAUAAAUAAAUAAAUGAAAAGUGAACUUGAA